GUGAUUUAUCUCAACGCCAGCAGCAACGAAGAACGCCUGCCUGGAGCCCCUUGGGCUACCUCGCGCCAAUGUCGCCGCAACGUGCAGGCAAUCCCGUCGGUGGCGGCGAUGGCUUCGCACCGCAGAGCCAGGUUGGGUCACGAUCACCGCAACCCCAAGAUCCUGCGCCAGCGGCUGCAUCCUCAACCUCAAUGGUGGCGAACCCCGAUGCCCAACUCGAGGAGUGCUUCCAGCUCCUCGCACGAUUUACUCCCGGCGAUUGGAAAUGCUCCAAUCAGUGGGGAUACCUGUGGAGGACCGCUGGGGACGGCACGACCGAGUACCUCGACGUGCGGGGAACCCUGCAGCAACACCUCGCGGUGCAAAGGGACUGA